CCAUCUCUCUUCUCUUGUCGACUUUUCUCUGUGUGCUCGAGGCUGAGGAGAAUCACAACUAGGAGCUCGCUUCUUGCGCGAGGAUUUUCUGCCUGAUCGACCCGUCAAAACAUGGAGUUCGUUCCCGCACCCGCCGUGCUCCGCGUCCUCUGCGCGGAUUGUGGUACCCCAAUCGUACCCAACUCCGCGAACCUUUGCGUAGCAUGUUUGAGGAACUCUGUGGAUAUUACUGAGGGUAUUCCUAAGCAAGCUUCUGUAUCAUAUUGCCGCAAUUGCGAACGGUUCCUAUCUCCCCCUACAUCAUGGACUAUCGCACUACCUGAGUCUCAAGAACUCCUCGCGAUAUGCUUGAAGAAGCUGAAAGGCCUCAACAAGGUCCGCCUCACCGAGGCGCAUUUCAUCUGGACAGAGCCGCACUCCAAACGUCUCCGCGUAUCCCUCACCAUCCAGAAGGAGGUCCUCACUGCCACAAUCCUUGAACAAGUGUUCGAGAUCGAGUAUCUGGUCCAGUAUGGUCAGUGUCCGGACUGUACGAAGCUCGCGGCGAAGAAUACCUGGAAGGCGCUCGUCCAGGUUCGCCAAAAGGUCCCGCAUAAGCGGACUUUCCUUUUCCUGGAACAGCUCAUCUUGAAGCACGGCGCGCAAAAAGAUACCAUCUCCGUGAAGGAAGUCCGGGAUGGUCUUGACUUCUUCUACGCGCAACGGAGUCACGCGCAGAAGAUGGUCGAGUUCCUCGCCGGCGUGGUGCCCGUAAGGUCAAAAGCAUCGGAGCAGCUGCUCUCGACAGAUACGCACACGAACACCGCCAACUUCAAGUACACCUACUCCGUCGAGAUCAUCCCCGUUUGCAAAGACGACCUUGUCUGCAUACCCCCAAAACUCGCUCGGCAACAAAGCAACAUCUCCCCCCUCGCGAUCUGUGUCCGCGUCGGUAACUCCCUGCAUCUCCUCGACCCCUCUACGCUGCAAGUGUGCGAGGUCACCGCCCCAGUCUACUGGCGCACACCAUUCGAGGCCCUCGCGACCGUCACCGACCUCGUCGAGUUCACCGUCCUCGACGUCGAGCCCUCCGGGCAGACGCGCGGCAAGUGGGUGCUCGCCGACGCGCAAGUCGCGCUCUCCGGCGCGUUCCGCUCCCAUGCCGCUGGUGAGGACGGGAUGGACUUCGAGUCCGCAAUGGCCGAGCAGAUCUUCCACACGCGCACACACCUCGGCGCGAUCCUGCAGCCGGGCGACUCCGCGCUCGGCUACUUCCUCACGAACGCAAACUUCAACUCGGACGACUACGCCGCACUGCCCGCGCACCGCAUCCCCGACAUCGUGCUCGUCAAGAAGGCGUACCCGAACCGCCGCAAAAAGAACAAGCCGCGUGCGUGGCGCCUGCGCAGCAUCGCGAAGGAGGCGGGCGAGGAGGGCGAGACGAGUGGGGCGCGCGGUGUGGUGGGGCGCAUGGGCGGGCGCGACCAGAAGAAGGUCGAGGAGGACUACGAGAUCUUCUUGCGCGAGCUCGAGGAGGACGAGGAGAUGCGCGGGGCGGUCAACUUGUACCGCGCGAAGAACGACCUUCCUGGAGCGGGUGCGGGCGUUUCGGGCGGGAAGACGCGGAAGAAGGUCCAGCAUGCGAUGGACGUCGACGAGAGCGCGAUGCAGGAGGAUGCAGCCCCCGCAGCGGCGCCAGGUGCGGAGGAAGAAGAGGAGGAAGAGCCCGAUUUCCCAGAUGUCAAGCUCAACGAGCUCCUGGAAGAUUUCGAUGAGAUGACGCUGGAGGAAUCGUGAGGGGGAGAACACCUGAGAAGCUGUACGUCGUUGUAUCAUUGCUUUUGUUAGAGAUGUGUAUUUCGUAUCGAUACAUGUUGUCUGGAACCUCUUCGCGCGGCCGUGACUCUUAUAGUUCUCCUUGUCCCGCUUACCACGGGAUCUCGGACCCGUCGUACCUGAAGAACUUUCCGCUCUCCUUCGCAGUGAGGGAAGUUACGACCUUGAGGAUGUUGGAUACGCUGAACUCCACCUCCAGCAUCGCGCCCUCACCGCCCAUAUCGGUCUUAACCCAGCCGGGAUCGAGCACGAUGGCAAUGAAGUCCGGACGCUCGACCUUUUGCUUGUACGUCAGCAUGUUCAACGCGGUCUUGCUGAUGCUGUACGUCGCGCACUUGCUUCCGCAGUCGAUUGCGAUGCUCGCGAGCCCGCUCGACAUGUUCACGAUCACCUUCUUCGUGCCCUUCUCGAGCAGUGGCAGGAACGUCUGCGCGAUGAGCGCAGGACCGAUGACGUUCGCUUGAUACGUGCGCACGGCCGCCGCCGCGUUAAGUGUGAACGCCGUGUCAUCGCCUUCAUU